UAAUUGCCAUUUCUUAUCAAACAUCCCCUCUUCUUGUUUUCUUCUUCUUUCUCCGGGAUAGGUGCUUGACUGUUACUUAAUCUUUUCUGCUAGAUUUCAUCGCCUGCUCCGUCUCCUUUGUUCACCGUCACAACCAUCGGCAACUCUUUUCAAAUCCCCACUUGCCUCUGAAAUCUUUCUUCUCUCAAGUAAAGUCUUUUCUCUGUUGUCUCUUUGUAACUAAUACACAUUUUCUUUAUACACGGAGACGGUUAUAUGCAUGUUGCUCAGAUCUUUGGAACAAACCCUAUAAUUGAUGGGGCAUAAGAAGCGCAACCCCACUCGUUCAAAACAACCUCCGCCGUUGACUCCGGCGGCUGCGGCUGCCGUUGAUGAAGACGAGAAUGUGACUCAUCUUUCUCUUGUCAAGAUCGAAACGUCUAUUACGUAUGAAUCAGACAGUUCUUACUCGAAGAUUAAAAUUGAAUGUGAGCGAGCCUUGACGGCACUCCGCCGCGGCAAUCAUACCAAAGCCCUCCGCAUCAUGAAGGAGUUGUGUAUGCGAUACGGUGAUAACUCGCCGCACGCUGCCCUAAUUCAUCGUGUGCAAGGUACAGUCUGUGUAAAGUUGGCCUCGAUAAUCGAUGAUCCCAACGCUAAACAACGGCAUUUGAAGAACGCGAUCGACUCCGCCAGUAGAGGAGCUGUAUUGUCUCCGAACUCGAUAGAAUUCGCGCAUUUCUAUGCUAAUUUGCUUUACGAGGCUGCAAAUGAUGGGAAAGAGUACGAGGAGGUUAUGAAAGAGUGUGACCGUGCGUUGGAUAUCUUGAACCCGAUUGAUCCCGCCAAGGAGAGCUUGCAAGACGAGAGCCAGCAGAAGAUAACGACUGCGGAAGCAAGAAUUGCUCAUGUGCAGAGUGAGCUGAGGAGCUUGAAACAGAAAUCGAGCAUUGCUUCAAUUUCGACUUGGAUGAAGACCUUAGGGACUGGGGAAGAAAUCAGAUUGAUACCCAUACGGAGAGCCACUGAGGAUCCUAUGGAGCUUAGAUUAUUGCAAACUAGGAGGCCCAAUGAGAUAAAAAAGGCUACAAAGACGCCUGAAGAGAGACGGAAAGAGAUUGAAGUUAGGGUCGCUGCUGCCAGACUACUGCAGCAGAAAUCAGAGAGUGGUUUGGGACAUAAUGAGGGUGAACGGAGUGAAAAGGGAGCGGAAGCCCCACCGGGGAGUGAUAAGAGAGGAGAGAGGAGGAAGUAUGGGAUUAAUGUGAAGAAGAGUGGUACUAACAAGGAGAGAAAGGAUUGGGUGCAGUUAUAUUGGAACUCAAUGAGCAUGGAAAUGAAGAGGGAUUUGUUAAAAAUUAGGGUCAGUGAUGUGAAGAGUUAUUUUGGGUCGUCCAAGGAUAGUUUGGCUUUUGAGGUUUUAAAUGAGGCAUUGGCAUUUGCGGAGGAGAAUAAGGCAUGGAGGUUUUGGAUGUGUUGUAGAUGCCUUGAGAAGUUUGCAGAUUCUGAGAGUCACACACGUCACGUUGCGCAAGAACAUAUGGGUAAUCUCAUGCCUAGAAUGCAGGCAGUUUUGCCUCACAGUGUUGAAAAUAAGUGGAUUGAUAUGAUUCUUAAUUGUGCUUGGAAACCACUGGAUGUUUCCUCUGCGGUCAAGAUGUUUGAAAGUCCAGGGAAAUGCCAGGAUGGAGACACAGUUGAGGAUUUUUUCUCGGGGAGGCAUAAUGAGGAGUGUGACGAUUAUUUCAAAGAUGCGAGGGAUUCUUCUCCUGAGAAGGAAAGUUCAAGUAAUGGCUGUAAUGAUUUUACUGCAGGGAGCAGUGAUGCAGAUAGAGUUUCCAGUAUUGAGUGUAAAGAAUGCGAUAGAAACCAGAGUACCAUGCCAGAAUCUAUUGAUAGCUGGCCAUUAUCAGAGGACUCUGAGAGAGGGAAGCUCCUUGAAAAAAUUCAUGCUGUAUUUGAGGCACUUAUUAAAUGUAAGUGUCUUGCUGCAAGUCAUGUAAACAAGGUGAUACAACUUACGAUGGAUGAGCUACAAACUCUUGCUUCUGGUUAUCAGCUUCUAAAGCAUGGCGUGCAUCAGACUCCCUUGUGCAUUUGUUUUUUGGGAGCAUUGCAGCUUAGAAAAAUCCUCAAAUUCUUGCAGGAACUAUCUCAUUCUUGUGGUUUGGGAAGAUAUUCUGAGAAAAAUAGUACUAAAGAUGAUGUAAAUUCUGCUCAAGGUCCUGAGAUAAAAGAGAAAGUUGUUCUUAAUGGUGAUGCAUUGUGUCUCUACCUGGAUGAUUGUCUGUUGCCAUCUGAAAGUGCUCCUGGCACAUGUAUUCCUGAUGAUAUGGCCACAGCAGCUUCUACUAAUGUUGAAAAUGAGAUUCUACCUGACGUUGAUGCUUUGCUCUCAUGGAUAUUUGCAGGCCUCUCUAGUGGGGAGCACUUGCAAUCAUGGCUGCGUAUGAAAGAGGAGAAAGUGAACCAUGGAGUGGAAAUUCUCCAGACACUUGAGAAGGAGUUUUACCACCUACAGAGUCUUUGUGAGAGAAAAUGUGAGCAUUUAAGCUAUGAGGAAGCAUUGCAGGCUUUGGAGGAUCUUUGUCUCGAAGAAAGUAAGAAGAGGGAAAUGGACACACUUGAUUGUAGUUGCUAUGAAUAUGCACUUAGAAAGCGGAGGGAUGAUAUUGCUGAGAAUGAAAAUAAUGCUCUGUUUGUUAGCAGUAGGAUCGAGGUAGAUGUCAUAGCCAAUGUAUUAAAAGAAGCAGAAGAUCUGAACGGCAGUCAACUUGGAUAUGAGAAUACUCACAGUAGUCUGAAUUCUCAGUUAUGUGACUUGGAAUUUGGUGAAGACAAUGAUAGUAAAACCAAGGACAUUGUGCAUCAAAUGAACACUUGUAUACAAGUUGUGAUUCAGAGACAGAAACACCAGUUAUCAGUAGAGCUCAGCAAAAUUGAUGCUAGAAUCAUCCGAAUUGUAACGGGGAUGCAGCAGUUGGAACUCAAACUUGAACCUGUUUCUGGCCAUGAUUAUCGGUCAAUUUUGUUACCUUUAUUGAAGUCGUAUAUGAGGGCACACAUGGAAGAUUUAGCUGAGAAGGAUGCCACAGAGAAGUCUGAUGCUGCAAGAGAAGCAUUUUUAGCAGAAUUGGCACUUGAUUCUAAGAAGAUUGCUAGAGGAAGUGAUAAUUUGAGAAAUACACAGGAGAAAGCAAAGGAUAAGAAAAAGAACAGAGAAUACAGGAAAAGCAAAGAUCCAAAGGCUCCUUUUGGCAAUGAGCAGCACCUGCUUCAUGAUGAGACUGCCGAGCAAAGUUCCUUUCCAGUUGCAUCUCAUGGUGACCCUCCUGAUUCUGAGAUUCCUCUUUCGGUGAAAAGUGAUGACUUGAAACGACAGGAGGAAGAACAUAGACUUAAAAUUGAGCUUGAAGAAGAGGAGAGAAAACUUGAAGAAACUCUGGAGUAUCAAAGACGAAUUGAGAAUGAGGCUAAACUAAAGCAUCUUGCUGAACAACAACACAAGAAAUCUGGUCGAACAUUACCAGAAAAGGUGGCUGGACUGCCUGAUAAUUGUUUGAAAUGUGGAGCAGAUGAUGUACAUGGGCCAUUGUUUCAGGAACAUUUGACAUUUAAGGAUGGGUUUCCCAAUGAUAUAGAAGGCAUACAUAUGGUAGAUAGUGCAGCAGUGCCAAUCAAACCUUCAAUAUCUAGUGCUGAAGUGAUUAUCGGUACUCAUAACACAAAUGUAAAACAAGUUCCAUCUAGUGAAGGAACUGCGGAUGACAGUCUUUUGGCUUCUGACUGGAGGACAGGAAGGAGAAGUAGGCGGCAGAAGAGUUCCACCAGAUCUUUUGAUGGAAAAUUUCAACCAACUUCAUCAGAACAUAACAAUGUUGAAGUUGGAAUUAAUCCUACUAUAGGGGACAAUGGAACUAGGGCAUUGAGACAAUUACAGGCAGAGGAUGAUGAGGAAAGGUUUCAAGCUGACCUUAAACAGGCUGUACGCCAAAGUCUUGACACAUUCCAAGCAUGUCAGAAAACACCCUUGAGUUCAAGUUUGGGGAUGCCAGAAAAUAUACCUCUGGAGGUUGACAGUUCUGGAGUUUCACCCACUGAAGUUCCAAUUGAAAAUGUGAAUGAAACUGAUGUGGUUGGUACAGGCCUGCAGAAUGAUGUUGGUGAAUAUAAUUGUUUUCUGAAUGUCAUCAUACAGUCCUUAUGGCAUUUAAGACGGUUUCGGGAGGAGUUCUUGCGGAAAUCAACAUCAGAGCAUGUCCAUGUGGGAGAACCCUGUGUUGCAUGUGCAUUAUAUGAUAUUUUCACUGCUCUUAGCACUGCAUCUAAAGAUAUACGGAGAGAAGCCGUUGCUCCUACAUCUCUGAGGAUAGCUCUGAGCAACUUGUAUCCUGAUAGUAAUUUCUUCCAAGAGGCUCAGAUGAAUGAUGCAUCUGAAGUAUUGGCAGUAGUAUUUGAUUGUCUUCAUCGAGCAUUUACUUCUGGUUCAAGUGUUUUUGAUUCUGAUUCUGUGGAAAGCAAUGGCAUGGGAUCUUGGGAUUGUACAAAUGAUGCUUGUUUAGUUCAUUCUCUUUUCGGUAUGGAUAUUUUUGAACGAAUGAAUUGCUAUAGCUGUUGUUUGGAGUCCAGGCAUCUGAAGUACACUUCUUUCUUUCAUAAUAUAAAUGCUAGUGCCCUCCGGACAAUGAAGACCACGUCUUCUGAAAACUCUUUUGAAGAGCUAUUAAAUCUAGUAGAGAUGAAUCAUCAAUUAGCUUGUGAUCCCGAGGUUGGUGGUUGUGGGAAGCUUAACUAUAUCCAUCAUAUUCUGUCGACAACUCCACAUGUGUUUACUACAGUUUUGGGAUGGCAAAAUACAUGUGAAAGUGCUGAGGAUAUAGCUGCAACAUUGGCAGCACUUAGUACUGAGAUAGACAUCAGCAUUCUGUACCGUGGUCUGGAUCCAAAAAACAUGCACAGAUUGGUUUCAGUGGUUUGCUAUUAUGGGCAACAUUAUCAUUGCUUCGCCUAUAGUCAGGAUCAUGAACGAUGGAUUAUGUAUGAUGACAAAACUGUCAAGGUAAUUGGGAGCUGGGCGGAUGUUCUUUCCGUGUGUGAAAAAGGGCACUUGCAACCUCAGGUUCUUUUUUUUGAAGCUGUAAAGUAGUGAUUAGCGGAAUUUGUGGAAUUAGUCUAAUGCAGGAGAGAGCACUGAGUUCAGCAUGGGUUAACAUUUUUCGGUCUAGGGUGAGAUGUUUGUGCUGAUGCAUUGCGGCUUUACCUUGAUACAGUUCAUAUGAGGAAAUCUUUGUUUUGAAGGACUUCUUAAGUUCUUAUACAAGAUGAGGGUUGUGAUAGAAAAUCUCGAGUUCUUUCAUAUAGGCAGGAGGUUUUGUCGGAGAAAUGGCCUUCUCAGGGAAGAAUAACAAAUCAACGAAUCAAGGGAAUUUUCUUUUGGCUUGAGGACAUCUUUGACAUAAGCGACUGUGAGUGUAAAAACUUUGGCACUCUUGCAUCUGAGUAUUUUUGUAAGGGUAAAGUCCAUGGAAUUUUCUGUUGCUUUCAUGGAUAUGUCCAAUAAGGGGUUUGGUUAAGAAAAAGAGCAGCAAAUUUCCUGGUUAGCUGCCUGUGGAUGCACUGAAAGAAAUUAUGAUGCAUUUGAUGAGGUGGUAUUGGUAAAUAAUGAUCAGUUGUUGCCAGGAGCAUAUACGCUAAUAGCAAUUGUAAGUGGUGAACGUAGUUACAUUACAAUUAGAUUGAAACUUUAUUCUAGAUGACCAAUUCUUCAGAAAUUUUCCCCCUUUAGAGGAGGUUCUGUAUAGAUCACCAUCAUGGCCCCAUGGGUUCUAAACUUUACACAUGCAACUUAAGUUGUGGCAUAGUAUCAAUCAUAUAAAUGGCAGCGGGGAAUUAGUAGCCAAUUUGCUGUUUGUUCUUCUUGUUUAGUCGCAUUGUUGCACAUC